AUGCGUUUUCUAGAGUUUGUGGUGUGUUUUGUUGCAGUUUGUAGAGGAGGAGAGGGAGACGAGGCACGAAUGUCUGCUAAGAGCAGUAUUGAGAUAGAGCAGGGGGAUGCGCUGCUCAAUAGCAUUUCGGCAAGCAAUCGAUUGUUUAGCAAUUUGAUGAAGUCGAAGUUUAGUCUGAAUAUAUCCUAG